AUGUCCGUUGAACGUACUAGUUGUAGUUUCCUAGGAACUCCCCUCACUAAUCAUGAUUUAGGUCAGGUUAGGGGGAGGAAGGUCUCCAAAACUGAGGAUAGGAAGUUUGACGUCAUUGCUCAAGUUAGACAGCUCAGGAGGGGAGAGAAAGAGCGAAUUUCUAUGCAUGGAGCAUUUACUGGAGGUUUUGCCGCUGGAUAUAAAAAUACUGUUGGUUCUAAGGAAGGAUGGGCGCCAAAAUCCUUUAAGAGCUCUAGAACUUCUAGAACUGAACAUGUUGUUCAAACUGCAGAAGACUUUAUGGAUGAUGAGGAUAACGUAACUAUUUUGAAAAUAUCAAACGAAUUCUUUCAAUCGGUCGAUGAGUUAGAUAAACUGUUUGAGAUUAAAUCAAACUCAUUUGGUUCUAAUCUUUUAUCUAAAAUUAAAUGGUUAUCUAAACUUGCUAAACCUCAAAAGAAAAAGAUAAUUGGACCACAAUUACCUUCAAAUAUGAAAGAACACACAGCCGAAUUGUUUACGAGGAGGAAAGGAGACUUUUCAGGUAUCGGAUAUAAUCAAAAAACUAUAUUAAAAAGAUCUAAUAGUGAAUUUGAUGAAUAUGGGUGUAGUGGAUUAGAAUACUAUCAUAUGGGUUUGGAUAAUGACGCUCCAUCUUUAGAGGAUAUAAAUAAAAGAUUAGAAUAUAAAUUAGAGUUUGUUGAAGUUAAAGAUGAAAACAACACUCCUAUUUCAUCAUAUAUUACAGUUCCUGAUUCAUUUAAUGGUAAGCAUGUAGAUGACAGCGAAGAAGAUUUUGAAAAGAUGUUGAAGAUUAUGGGUAACUGGAGACCUUUAGAGGAACCUCAGUCAGAUCAAAUUCCCUUAGAGGUGGAUGGAUUAGAUGAAAUGCAAAAAUUGCAAGAAACUUAUUCAAAAUUGGUUAAUAGAAUUGAAUUUGUAAAACAAGGAGUAAGCACAGACACUAAGGUUGAAAAGAGAGGGGGGCGAAGUAUUGUAGAUUUCUCCUUCGACCAAUCAUUAUUCAAAAAAUUCAAACUAAAAGUUGUAGAUAAUUCGCAUAAAUUAAGAGAUACAAGCUAUAAGCAAAGAGAACUUUCGCAUACUGGAAUACAGUAUAAUAGGGAGGAUAUAACUCCUGAAAUUGAUGAAAAUAUUGUUAUUGACAAUGAAAAGGCAAUACCGCCAGAUGAACUAUUUAAGGCCAUCUUCGGUGGAGACAGUGACAAUGAUGAUUAA